UGGCUUCACGACGGCGGAGAUUGUUGGUGAUAUCAGCUGGUCAGAUAAGUUCAGACGGGGACGCAUGUCCAAUUAGUACAGAUACCCUCAUAAUGGCGCCCAAGGGCCCAGGGACAAGUAAACGAAACCCUACGGUUUUGGUAACCGACUCUCGAGACCGUCAGACACGGUACUAUCCUCUCUCACGACCGUCUCACGCUGGUGGAAACGCAAACGAUCAUGGCCCCAUUGCCGGACCACCCCUGUCAGGUCCCCGCCUCAUAACCGUUGAUAACGUCCUACAGUAUGCCUCUGAUGUGCCGUCUAUGCAGCAGCGCCGCCAGACGGCUGGAAUGAGCUCUGCAGUACGCUCACGGUCGGGUUCUGGCUCAGACAGCAGGCUCAGGUCUGGCCUAAAUGCCGCGAGCAACGCUUUAAGUUCGAGCAUGGAUAGCAGACAUAGGACGGGAGGUGGUCGAUUGGCGUCUCUACCACAGAUACCACCUCGUUCAUCAAAAGUUAGCGAGAAGCUAGUCCUUCUUCCCGAAACAGUGGAGGAGGUUGAAGAAGAAGACGAGGACGAGCUAGAACCGGACGAGGAGGAAGAUGACGAUGAAGUGGCGGAUGAUGAAUCUACACCUUCUAAAUUAAAUGAGAGAUAUGAAUAUCUACGACGUUUGACUGCUGUCCGCGCAAAACAACCAGACUUCACCCAGGAUAAUCUGACCGCACCACUUCUCGACAAUGAGGAGGCGCUUCGCAAGCGGCGUUUUGCGGCCAGCCCUGAGAAGGAGAAGAGUUAUGCCGAACGUCUGCCCAAGGCUCGACGAGCAAAGAAGUUGCCUCGUGUCACUGCGUACUGCACUGCGCAGGCGUAUAAGAUGGGUGCUGCGGCAACUUUUGUCAAAGAACUUCAUGAUGCACGCACAAAGUUGUAUGAUGACUGCCUAUACGCGGCAUACCACCUACCUUUGUUGCCUGGAAGAGAUGGGUACAGGGUAAGAAGCAGUCCAAUUUUUCGAAGUGCGGAGGGUAAGGUGGUGCUGGAUGAAGAGAUUGCUAGGAAUGAGAGGAGGGAUUAUCAUGAUGAAUACUAUGCGGAGGAAGAAGAACACUCUGUGAGGGAUUCGGAACAUGAGAGGCAUGAGCGUCGCCGUGAACAUGGACGAGGCCAGGAUGAUGAUGAUGGCGAUGGCCAUGAGCGUGACCAUGCUCACGACCACGAAGUUGAAGCCGAGCAAAGCAAUGGGCGACGUCAAGAAGAAAGAGACAGGUCUCCAGUCCGUGGCCAUUCAUUCCAUGUCGAACACCAUGACGAUCAGCCGUCUACGCAAAACGGUGAUAUUCGCCAACCUAUCUCCCCGACUACUUCCCGCCGCCCCAAACCCUCAAUACCGCCCAAUGCCCUCUCAUUUGCGGAGAUGUUCAUCUUCAGCUACGGUGUUGUGGUCUUUUGGAAUUUCACCGAGCGCCAGGAGAAGGAAAUCUUAGCAGAUCUCGCCUUCUGCCCAUCUCCCAAUGACUUGCCACUCAACCCGUUGGCGGAGGAAGAUUUCGAAACUGAAGAAUUCCACUUUGAAUAUUCUUCUUCCAUCCCUAGACCCCGAGUGUAUAAUGAUAUGAUCACACUACGGUCAGGCGAUCAUAUGAUUAAACUUGCCAUUAGCCAUGGUAUAGCACAGAGUACAAAGCUCAGUUUCUUCGAAGAAGGGAUGGCCCGACAGAUGGCGGAUGCGAAAGAUGUGCCGAGACGAUUAGCAUUGACAGGUCAUCUGGGCAUGGGCAGAGAAGAAGUCUUCCGUAUCAUGGGCCGAUUAUUCAAAUCUCGUGUUGAAGUUAAUCUCUCUUCAAAUAUGCUCGACGUCCCCAAUUUCUUCUGGGACAGUGAACCGACUCUCCACCCUCUUUAUAUCGCUGUUCGCGAAUAUCUAGAGAUAAAGCCUCGCAUUCAAGUACUCAAUGAACGAUGUCGUGUAUUCCUUGACUUGAUUGAGAUUUUAUCCGAUUCUAUCGCUGAUAAUAAAAUGUCUAGCCAGACAUGGAUUAUCAUCAUUCUCAUCUUCAUUUCUAUCGUCGUUACUUUAUCCGAGGUUGUGUUGAGGUUUGGUAUUCUAUCGACGAAGAAAGGGGUUCAGGGCAAGAUGUUGCUGGCUCAGGGCAAAGGAGAUUGUAUGCCCGUCAGUAUGUAA